CCUCUGCCCUCUCUGCUUCCCUUCUCCCGGUUCCUUAUUUUUCUGUCACUUACUUUCCAACUCUCACUUCUCUCUCUUCUUGGUGUUCGUAAGACACUGCGUUCCCAAAGAGCUUGUCUGCCCGUGGCAGAUGCUCCUGUUCUCAGACGCGGUCCACUCCAUGUCGCCAUUCCAGUCGCCGGGCUUUCUGAGGCGCCCGCCUGCCUCUGGCCCACGGGAGGAGCUGCCCGGCCCGGCUCAAGGCCCCCAGACUCCGUCCCCUGCGAGCUCUGGCUUCCAAACCAGACUGGCCCGGCUGUGCCCUCACCUUUAGGCUCUUCCAUCCACCUUGGCCCUCGGGCAGGCUUCCAUCUCGGGCGCCGCCAUGCCCAGCUCGGCGCUGUGGGCGGUGGAUCUCUUCGGGAGGGUGUACACACUCUCCACGGCCGGGCAGUACUGGGAGCUCUGCAGGGACACCCAGCUGGAGUUCAAGCGGGUCAGCGCGGCCACGCAGUGCUGCUGGGGCAUCGCCUGCGACAACCAGGUCUAUGUGUACGUGUGUGCCAGUGACGUCCCCAUCCGCCGCCAGGAGGAGGCCUAUGAGAACCAGCGCUGGAACCCGGUGGGAGGCUUCUGUGAGAAGCUCCUGCCGAGUGACCGCUGGCCGUGGAGCGACGUGAGUGGGCUCCAGCAUCGGCCGCUGGAUGGGGUGGCGCUGCCCUCGCCGCACUGGGAGUGGGAGUCCGACUGGUACGUGGAUGAGAACUUCGGAGGGGAGCCCACCGAGAAAGGGGGGUGGACGUACGCCAUCGACUUCCCCGCCACCUACACGAGAGACAGGAAGUGGAACUCGUGCGUGCGGAGGCGGAGGUGGAUCCGGUACAGGAGAUACAAGUCCCGGGACACCUGGGCCAAGAUCCCUUCGAAGGAUGACCCCAAACAACUGCCCGACCCCUUCAAUGACCUCUCCGUGGGGGGGUGGGAGAUCACAGACGAGCCCGUGGGCCACCUGUCCGUGUGGGCCGUGUCUCUGCAGGGGAAGGUGUGGUACAGAGAGGACGUCAGCCACCCCAACCCCGAAGGCUCCUCGUGGUCCCUCGUGGACACCCCGGGAGAGGUGGUCCAGAUCAGCUGUGGGCCCCACGACCUCUUGUGGGUCACGCUCUGGGAGGGGCAGGCGUUGGUUCGGGAAGGAAUCAACAGGAACAGCCCCAAAGGAAGCUCCUGGUGCGUAGUGGAGCCUCCCACGCCUGAAAAUGGGAUCAUGCACGUCUCCGUGGGAGUGGGCGUGGUCUGGGCCGUCACCAAGGACCGCAAAGUGUGGUUCCGCCGAGGCGUCAGCUCCCACAGCCCCUGCGGCACCGGCUGGAUCCAGAUGGUCGGAGAGAUGAUGAUGGUGGACGUGGGGCUGAACGACCAGGUCUGGGGCAUCGGCUGCGAGGACCGGGCCGUGUACUUCCGUCAGGGCGUCACCCCGAGCGAGCUCAGUGGGAAGACGUGGAAGGCCAUUGUCGCCAGCCGAGAGUGUGACCGGUCACACUCGGGCAGCUCCUCCAGCCUCCUCAGCGCUGGCUGCUUCUUUGGCGACGAGGUGAGGGGCAGUGCCGAGUCCUGUGCCCCGAGCGACGUGGACACCUCCCUGGAAGCCGAGAGACCAGGCCCUGACCAGCCUGUCCCUGCAGAGUCUCUGGACAGUCCCCGGGACCUCGAGGACGGCUCAGCCUCGGGCUCAGGCACCAGCAAGACGGCAGAGCACGCCUUGGAGGGCGCCGGCCCGGCCGACCCGACCCCCGGGUCCGAGCCUUGCCCCCGCCCGGCCUCCACCCCGGCCGAGCUGCCCUGGACCAACAUUGACCUGAAGGAGCCCAAGAGGACGCCCAGCCUCUCGGCCGCUGGCUGUCCCGAGACCGCCAGCGUCUCCUCGCUGGGGCUGCUCCCGCUGGGCCUGGAGGAGCCCUACGGCGCCGACGACCACCCGCUGUGGGCCUGGGUCUCCGGGGGAGGCUGCGCCGUGGAGCCCCACGCUGCGCUCAAGUGGUUCACCGUUCAGUCGGGCCUGUCCUGCUCCAUGCAGGCGCUGUCCCUGUCCAUCACGCCGGCCCAGACGGCCGCCUGGCGCAAGCAGAUCUUCCAGCAGCUCACGGAGAGGACCAAGCGGGAGCUGGAGAACUUCCGGCACUACGAGCAGGCCGUGGAGCAGUCGGUGUGGGUGAAGACGGGAGCCCUGCAGUGGCGGUGCGACUGGAAGCCCCACAAGUGGGUGGACGUCCGCGUGGCGCUGGAGCAGUUCACGGGGCACGACGGGGCCCGAGACAGCAUCCUCUUCGUCUACUACGUGGUGCACGAGGAGAAGAAGUACCUGCACGUGUUCCUCGCCGAGGUGACGGCGCUGGUCCCCCUGCUCAGCGAGGCCAAGCACUCCUUCGCCCUGUACACCCCCGAGAGGACCCGGCAGCGGUGGCCGGUGCAGCUGGCCGCCGCCACGGAGCAGGACAUGAACGACUGGCUGGCCCUGCUCAACCUGUCCUGCUGCGAGAGCCGGAAGGUGCUCGGCCGCCCCUCCCCGCAGGCCAUCUGGUCCGUCACCUGCAAGGGGGACGUCUUCGUGAGCGACCCCAGCCCAGACCUGGAAGCCCCAGAGCGCCAGCAGCCUUGCGACCAGAUGUUCUGGCGGCAGAUGGGCGGCCACCUGCGGGUGGUGGAGGCCAGCAGCCGGGGCGUGGUGUGGGGCAUCGGCUACGACGGCACAGCCUGGGUGUACACGGGCGGCUACGGCGGAGGCUGCUUCCAAGGCCUGGCCAGCAGCACGGGGAACAUCUACGCUCAGUCGGACGUCAAGUGUGUGCACAUCUAUGAGAACCAGCGCUGGAACCCCGUCACGGGCUACACCAGCAGGGGCCUGCCCACCGACCGGUACAUGUGGAGCGACGCCACGGGCCUGCAGGAGUGCACCAAGGCCGGCACGAAGCCGCCCUCCGUUCAGUGGGCCUGGGCGUCCGACUGGUUCGUGGACUUCAGCGUUCCCGGGGGCACCGACCCGGAGGGGUGGCAGUACGCCAGCGACUUCCCUGCCUCCUAUCACGGGUACAAAACCAUGAGGGAUUUUGUCCGGAGAAGGCGCUGGGCCAGAAAAUGCAAGCUGGUGACCAGCGGGCCCUGGCUGGAGGUGGCCCCCAUCGCCCUCAGGGACGUGUCCAUCAUCCCCGAGAGCCCGGACGCCGACAGGAGUGGGCACGGCGUUGCCCUCUGGGCCAUCAGUGACAAGGGGGACGUGCUCUGCCGCCUGGGGGUGUCCGAGCUCAACCCCGCGGGCUCCUCCUGGCUGCACGUUGGCACCGACCAGCCUUUCGCCUCCAUCUCCAUCGGGGGCUGCCACCAGGUGUGGGCCGUGGCGAGGGAUGGCUCUGCCUUCUACCGGGGUUCCGUGUCCCCCACCCAGCCGGCCGGCAACUGCUGGUACCACAUCCCGUCCCCGCCCAAGCAGAGGCUAACGCAGGUGUCUGUGGGCCAGACGUCCGUGUACGCCGUGGACGAGAACGGGAACCUGUGGCACCGCCAGGGGGUCGCGCCCGGCUACCCGCAGGGCUCCGGCUGGGGGCACGUGUCCAACAAUGUGCGCCGCGUGUCCGUGGGGCCCCUGGACCAGGUCUGGGUCAUCGCCAACAAAGUGCAGGGGAGCCACAGCCUGAGCCGGGGAACCGUGUGCCACCGCACGGGCGUGCAGCCGCUGCAGCCCACGGGCCAGGGCUGGGACUACGGCAUCGGGGGGGGCUGGGAUCACAUCUCCAUCCGGGCCAACGCCACCAGGGCCUCCAGGAGCAGCACAUCCCAAGACACGGCCGGCGAGCAGGGCCUCCCCGGCAGGACCUCGAGCGGGCCUGGCGCCCUGCAGGAGGCCAUAGGCCCGGUCUGCUGCUGAGCACCCAUCAGCGGGUAGCGGGUGCCCGGUCAGAAGGGUCCCCGGCGGUCUGAGCCCACCCCUCGUCGCCGCGGGCCAUGCUCUGCCGAAACGAGGGUCCUGCCUUGGCUUGAGAGAACCCGGCCUGAGGGCGUGGCCUCGGAGGCAUGGGGAAUAGCCCAGAAAUGUGAAGUGCUGUGGCCGGUCCCCACGUGCCCCUGUGAGCAAGGAGGGCACCGGGUGGGGACCCCCACCCCGGCCUCUCUCCCACCCAGCCCUGCCCCCUCUGCCGCCCGCCUUUCCAGGACGGAACCUGGAGUCUGGAACAUUCCAGGGACGCUGGCCCCUGGGAAAGCAGAGCCCAGGGAAGAGCCCUCUGAGCCCCGGGCCAGGAAGUGGCCGUGGGUCCAGGGCCCCUGCUAGUGACGUCAUCACGGCUCACAGCAGGGCCGCCGAAGGGUCUGAUUCCUGACGCUGAGGACGGAGUCGGUGGGUCGGAAACAAGUGCUGGAGGGUGUCCCCCCUAGGUGGACACAGCCCCCCCCCCCCCCCCCCCCGUCGGUGCAUGGACAGAGGCCCGCGGGGCCACCCCAAGGCUGGGAGAAGCUGUCCCGAGCGCCUCCGCUGGCCCCUCCCCAAAUGCGUUUGGGCCGCGGGGGUAUCUUUUACCUCCGAUCACGUUGCCGGGGGAGGGGUGGGUCGGAGGGCGCCUCCCAGGCAGCCCCCUCCUGUCCCGGGCGGGCGGCUGUUUACCCCGUUCGGUGAGGCCCCGGGUUGGCCCCCUAACCACCGGUCACCGCCCCGGAGCUUCUUGCGCACGCCCAGCAGGGGGCGGUACCUGCUUCGGGGCGCCCUCCUGAGGGGCCCUGGAGGGGGCCAGCCGUCUGCCUCUGCAGGCGGGACCAGGACAGGGGAGGCUGGGCGGAGGGCCCGGCAGAGCGUGGGGGGAGGGGCGGGCGCCCGUCUGUUUACAUCCCGCCGUCAGGGCUUGCACGCGGGCAUUCCGGGGGCUGCGCAGCGCCCCCUGUUCUUUCGCUGUGACUCCUGGCCGGCGGGGCAGCAGCUGUGUCUGCUGGGCAUCGCCGGGCCGUCCCGACUCCCCAGAUGCUUUGUUCAAUAAAACUCACACUGGAGGAU